AUGUCUUUCGUAAGCAGCUUAGCUUCAAAGUAUGAAGGAUUAAUUCGAGAGUCGGUAUCUCAUCCUUUAACCGAUGAACUUUGCAAAGGUGAACUCCCAGAUUAUAAGCUCUUCGUAUACCUUAAUCAGGACUUAAAGUUUUUCCAAAGAGGUAUGAAUGUUUUUGGGAAAACAUUGGCGUACUGUGAUGAUGCUAAAUCUUCCAUAACACUUGGUAAACAAAUUGGGUUUGUCUCCAAUGAUGAGAAUGAGUACUUCGAGAAGUGUCUUAGAGAAAUUGAACUUCACGCAAAGGAAAAGGUUCCAAAGAUGGCCCUGAGCAACGUAGUAUUACCUAAAGUACAAGAGUACUUAGAUCUAUUGGACUUUUUAACGUAUAAGAGCGAAUCUUACUUAGAACUAGUUACCUUCAUGUAUGUCAUGGAAUUUGUAUAUUUAGGCUGGGCUGAAUACAAUAUAUGCCUAGGAAAUGUUAAAGGUGAUCUUGAGUAUAAGUACAAUGAAUGGAUUGUGCUACACAGUGGACCAGACUUUUCCAAUUGGGUUGAAUUCUUGAAGAAUGAAGUAGAAAGGGUUACUGCAAAUGCAACAGAAGAGGAAUUAAAACUAUGUGAGAGAACUUUUGUUAGAGCAUUGAAACUAGAAAUUGAUUUCUUUGAAGAAUGCUACAAGUACUCUGAAUGA